GGGGCGCUCAGCCGUGGGUCUGAGGGUGUGGGGGUGCCUAAAGGUUUCUCUCCAUCUGAGGUCUGGAUGUUCCGCCAUCCGGCCCUUCAGGUGAGGACUUGAACCCACCGGGCCUCCUGCGAGUGGCGUGUGGUGGGGACCAGCAGGGAAGUGCACACCCAACACAAAGGCCUGGCCAGGGUCUCUCUGGAGAAGUGGUAGCCAACAGUACGGCCCCUUCUAGAACCCGCCGCUCAGAGCUUCUAGAACGCGGGCGCAGCCUAGCAUCGACCUCCACCUGGCAUUGCUCUCCCGCCUGACGCCUGAGCUCCAGCUCCUUCCUGGACCACAGCCCUGGUAACUUUCUUAUCCCAGGUAGGAGGGUGACUGUGGGCGGUGGCUCAUGGCAGAUGAGCCCGCCAGCUGACCGCCUGUGCCUGACCCAGGCUCAGGCCCCGGCCUCCAAGGGGCGGGUCAGCAGCCUGCCCACGACUUCCGGCGGCAAGCUCUUCCAGCUCUGGGCCCUAGGAAUUUUUUGCACCGAGCGCCACCUAGCCAAGUGCCUAAAGAACAACAGCUUCUACCCCUUCGUGCAGCAGCAGCCCAACGUUUUCGUGCUCGAGUACUACCUGGACACGCUGUGGAAGGGGACGCUGCUCUUCGUCGUCUGCCUCUUCCUCGUCAGCUUCGGCCUCGUGGGCCAGGUGCAAAAACAGGAGACUUGGGGCAUCCCCGCAUACGGCGUGGGCGUCGGCCUGUGGAUCAUGAUCUCGUCCCUGCCGCGGCGCCGCCUGGUCCUGAACCACACCCGCGGCAUAUAUCACUUCUCCAUCCAGGGCCGCACCGUGUGUCAGGGCCCCAUGCACCUGGUCUACGUGCGCCUGGCGCGCAGCUUCGACGCCUACGGAAAGUGCUUCUUCCAGCUGGUUCUGUGCGGCCACAAGCUGGAGCCGCUGGUGCUGGUGAAGCUGUCAGAGCGCUACGAGCAAAUGGAAUUCCUGGGCCGUCACCUUGCCUGGAAGCUCAACAUUAACUACUUCGACUGCCUGUCCACGUCCUACCGGCACGUUGUCCGCCACUGGCCUCUGGAGGCCUCCUUCAGCCCAGGCAUUGUCCUGCGCAAGACCAGAGCCUACGACAAACCCAGCUCUCAGUAUGACCUGGACGUGUGACGCGCCCCACCCAGCCCUCACCCCCAGGGCUGCGCUCGCCCUUCCCCUCCCGCUCUACGCGGGCACUGGCACUACUCAGUAAAGUGGCCUCCUGCUCC